CGAUUUCUGAAAUGAACGAAGCAACAUUCCCUUACGAAACGAUAGUUACGCAAUCCAUUCAUUUUGACGCGAGUGAUUUUUGAAUACAUGUUUUCGUUGCUGCUAUUUUUUUCCUUCGAAAAUUUGAACUUUUGUUAAACCUGUUGAAACUGUUAAAAAUGUAUUUGGAAGGUUUAACUUUUUUUGUGUUGUUUUUUUCUUGUACUUUAAGUACGCGAUUGCCGCUUGAAGUAUUCCAACAUCAGCCUUCGGAGCAGCAUCAUCACCAUCAUAGAAUAAAUCAUAACAGUGCGAAUUUUCAUAGAAAAAAAACGCACGACGAUUCUGGUCCAGUGAAAAUUUUGUACCAAGUCGGCAAUUCUGAAAGUGACUUGCCCGAAUGUAACUAUAGAUCAAUAUGCAACAAAGUUGAUUUAUAUGACACACCAUGGAUUGAAAAACAAUGCAGAUGUACAGGAGGGAAAACAUGUUCCACUAGUAUGCAGACAGAUGAUGGUUAUACAUUUGUGGAAAAAACAAGGCAAUAUAAAAUGUGCGAGCCUGUGAAGAAAAUCCCCCGAUGCAGGUACUUUAGAGACACAACAUGGUCUAUAACGUUAUACCCGAACAACGUAACAGAUCAAGAGGUCCAUUGUCAUUGCCCGAGAAACUCCUUGACAUACCUCAUCAAAAGAAACGUCAUACACAUGCCGGAUGACCAAUUGGCCUUCCAGUAUUUAUUUUCCUGCUCCCCACAAACUAGAAUGAGAUGUCAACGGAAGGAGCCUUGUAGAUUGUUUACAGUUCGAAAGCGGCAAGAGUUUUUAGACGAAGUUAACGUAAAUACGUUGUGCCAAUGCCCUCAUGCGCACAGGUGUCCGCACCAUCACUCGGAUUACGGCGUAAUCUCAGGCAAAAGUUACACGGAAGAAUCCAUAAAAACCUACAGCGGUUAUUGUUUGCCGUCUUAGAGCUAGAGGUCGCUGUCGAUGCCAUUACGACAUUGUUAUUAUUUUUGUUUGUUGCUCGUAUGCGCAUGUACUACUUUUGCCCGCCGAAUGUCUGCG